AUGGACGCGAAACGAGAAAGAGAAGUUGCUGUCAAAGCCGUACUUAAAAGUGAAUGUAACAAUUAUCUUUAUGAGUACCUAAUUCUAAGAAGGGAACAAGAUUCUUUCAUAGAAACUUCUCAAUCUGAGCAUGCUAGAUAUUUGGCUGAGCUAACUGAGCAACAAAAUUUUAAUGAACGCGCACAGCUCGCCUUAAAUGCAUUCGAGUUAGAAAGAAAGUCACCGGUUGUAUCCCGCUUCUGGAGUGAAGUAGCUGAAGAAGUAAAACGAAGAAAAGAGGAGGAAAAUGCAGUUCGAUCUGCUACGUUGGGGCACCUCAGCAUAUUCGGGAAAACGCUUACUCAAUAUGCAAAUACGCAGGAAGCAUCGACUAAAGAUAUGAAUUUAUCAACUAAUCAUCGUAAGCGAGGAAUUGAGGUUGUGAUUGAUAACGAAGAAAAUGGUUCAAAUAAAAAGGAAAAAGAAAACACCGAGAAUGAUUCUGAUAAUAAUGAGAAUUUGCCAUCAAGAAACAAUAACGAAAAUUCUUCCUCGGGGUUUGAAAAUGAAGAAAUCAAUUUUGAUUUAACCAACAUUUCGAAAGAAUUGAAUCGUGAACCAACAGUUGAAUGGGAAGUUGAUAAUAUCAAUGUAACCAACCGAUUUCGGCAUUAUCAGAAAGUUGUUCUUGCGAAGGCACAAAGAUGGGGUUUAAAACAUUCGAGCAUCUAUGAACUUCUAGCUUUAGCAUCAAUUAUAGUGCUCUGUUGGCCAUGUCCAUAUUCCAAUUUCACAAACCAAGAAUGGAAAAAAAUUACAAAAACCAAUCCUUACACUUUGCAAGAAUCGCCAUUACCACCAGAAAUUUCAUUAUCUCUUCGAGAGACAGCUAGUAGACGUUUGAUUGAUGGAGAUGUUUUCAUGAAUAGUGGUGAAUCAGAAUUAAGUAGAAUUGUUGCACUAAUGUUCAACAACCUGUAUUAUGGUAUUCCGGAGGUUGCUCCAUCAAAGUUGUCGGAAGAGGAACAUUGCGAUAUGUUCAUAUAUCCAAUUGCUCGUUCAUUUCGCAGAAAUGAUAAAGAAUAUGAACUCAAAUUAAAUCGGGCUAAUGUAGGAUCAAAGACAAGACCUGAUCUUUCCUGUACAGUAAAUGACGUACCAAUUCUAAACUCCGAGUUUAAACCAUUGGGUUGUACUCCAUUGCAAGAGAAGAUGGACCGAUUGAAAGUUCAACUAAAGGCUCGGAAAUCGAUUAAUCAACAAUUGCAAAGAAAAGGAGGUCCAGGCGAGGCAGUUAUGUUUUUAAACAUUGGUAACUCAAUGGAAUCGUUUUUUAUGGAUUUGAAAUGUGAUGGGCUAUACCGCUCCUGGCCAUUUCUUACAACCAAACUGGUGGUUGACAAGUCUACAAUUCCAUUAGCAGAGUUUGCAAUUAGUCAUUUGAUGGCUUUGGAACAGGAACGCGUUGAAAAAAUUGCCAAAGAUUUUAAAUACCGAAGUAGUCAAUUUACGCCCCCAGCACAAAUGUCUUACAUACGCGAAUUUCCGGAUACACCACAAGUAAAAAUGUUGCUCAAAUAG